AUCAACCUCUCCUCUCAACCACCGUCAUCCGAUCGUCAAUAACAACCAUCACCUCUUCCAGCCUCUUAAAUACCAACAAUAUAUCUUUAGCCACCCCUCCCUCACCAGCCACACUCUCAUACAACAAUAGACAGAGACAUUUGUCCAACCUUAUGUCCAACAAUUGUCAGUUGUGUCCAAGUCUACCGGGUUGCGUCCAGUUGUAAGAGAUUAUUGUUGUGCUCUGUGUCCAGUUGGUGGUAAAGGCGACCUUGAAUUAACGUUGAUGUUAUUUCGACGUCACACUUUACGUAACGGUCAGGAUGCUAAUAUAAGUUUCGGAACAAUAGUUCAAGUUAAUUCGAAUCAUAUUCAUUAACGCCAUCCCUAUCACAAUGGAUUGGUUAUGGCGCAGUUGCCACAAAAUGAAACUCAAUAUAUUUUUCUUUAUUUUAUUUUGUUUUCACAAAUGUCUGUCGAAAACAGAAGUUCAAAUUGCCUCCAUACUACCUCGGAAGAAUACUUUUUUAUUUUCCAUUGACCGAAUGAAACCAGCUUUAGAACUGGGCAUCGAAUGGGUCAUGCAGGAUACAUAUCUAAAAGAGCAUUUUAACUUUCACGUGAUAUUCGCUGACUCAAACUGUUCUAUUGCCGAAGCAAUGCAUCAAGCGAUAGAAAUUUACAUGAACAAAUCUGUAAAUGUCUUCUUUGGCCCUGCUUGUAAUUUUGCAGUUGCACCAAUUGCUCGCCAAGUAAAAUUCUGGAAUACACCCCUAGUAAGUAUUGGUGCUACGGCCCGGGAUUUUUCCUUAUAUAAAAAUAAGUACUACCCCUUACUCACUCGGGUCGGACCCGCUAACUUGAAUUAUCUUCCCGGCAUCAUUGCGCACGCCAUGGAUCACUAUAAAUGGAAAAUAUUAAAGUUGCUUUAUUAUGAGGGUGGGUUUGAAUCAAUUUCUAAAUUAUUUUGUAAGCUUGUUACGGAAUCCCUUCAUUACGAAAUACGCAAUUUUGUUGAAAACAUACAAACGGAUUAUUACAAGAUGGACGACAAAAAUAUUUCGGAAACACUCAUGAAUGAAAUUGGAAACAAAUAUGCAGGUAAGUUCUUGCUUCUGCCGAAGAAACUAUCUUAAUUGCUUCAAACGAGUGUCUUAAUUAACUUCAGGUAAGUUAUUUAUAAAUCAUACCUUAAUUAAAUUCUUUUGAACUAUUUUGUGGAAGUAGUGGAGUAGACUCCAUGACUUAGAGGUGUCUCCAUGAAGGGUGCGGAUGAACUAUUUAUGAUGUAUUCGUUCAAAUUCCUCUAAUACAGUGGUUCAAAUAAUUAGUUCAAAUUCCUCUAAUACAGGGGACUCAUUUGCAAGGGAUGUUAAAAAUUGGAGGGCAAUGUUGAUGCAUGUAGAAGAUUAAGCCCCCACAUACUUUAUGUGAACCCAGGUUUAUUGAUAAGGAGGGAAUCAACGCAACGCAACAGUAUUAGAAGUCAAAUUUAAGUUUUGCAUAAUCCUUCAAAUUCUCACAGGACUAUAAAACAAAAUCAUUGACCAUACAUUUGCACCUACCUGACUAAAGUGGACACACACUUACACACAC